UUGAGUUUGUAAGCAAAAGUUUUCUUGGCUCUUCCGAUAAACGGGCAGUAAAUACGUUGUUAUUUGACAUUUGCUCAAGAAAUCAUUUAAAAAUAUUGUAUGGAGGCAUCAAGAUGAACUUAGAGCUACUAGAGUCUUUUGGCCAGAACUUUCCAGAGGAAAGUGAUGGCACCCUUGACUGUAUCAGCAUGGCGUUAACAUGCGCAUUUAACAAGAGAGGUACGUUACUAGCUGUAGGCUGCAACGACGGCCGUGUGGUUAUCUGGGACUUCUUGACCAGAGGCAUUGCUAAGAUCAUCAGCGCACACGUUCAUCCAGUCUGCUCCGUCAGUUGGAGUCGGGAUGGACGUAAACUCCUCAGCGCUUCUACGGACAACAUGAUAUCGAUUUGGGACGUCUUGACAGGUGAUUGUGAUCAGAGAUAUCGAUUCCCGUCGCCCGUCCUCAAAGUUCAGUUCCACCCUAGGAAACAUGCAAAGAUUCUUGUCUGCCCGAUGAAGCAUGCUCCGAUCGUUCUCAACAUUGAUGGGAGCUAUUCCGUUAUCCCUACAGAUGAUGAUUUUGAUCUGAAUAUAGUGGCAUCGUUCGACAGACGUGGGCGUUAUAUCUAUUCAGGAAACGCCAAAGGCAAGGUUCUUGUAGUAUCAACAGAUAAUUUCAAACUAGUCGCCUCGUUUAAAGUGACGACAGGAGCCAGUAAUACGACGGCUAUCAAAUCCAUCGAGUUUGCAAGGAGGGGCAACUGUUUCUUAGUGAAUACUGCGGAUCGUAUCAUCCGUGUUUAUGAGAGCGGAGAGGUUCUUGCGUGCGGGAAAGACGGUGAACCGGAGCCCAUCCAGAAACUUCAAGAUCUCGUUAACAGAACUCCUUGGAAGAAAUGCUGCUUCUCGGGAGAUGGAGAAUACAUUGUUGCUGGGUCUGCUCGGCAGCAUGCCCUGUACAUCUGGGAGAAGAAAUACGGAAACUUAGUCAAGAUCCUACAUGGAACGAGAGGAGAGCUCCUAUUGGACGUUGUGUGGCAUCCAGUUCGACCAAUCAUAGCCUCUGUCUCAAGCGGAGUCGUUUCUGUUUGGGCUCAAAACCAAGUGGAGAAUUGGAGCGCCUACGCCCCAGACUUCAAGGAGCUGGAUGAGAACGUUGAGUACGAAGAACGGGAGAGUGAAUUUGAUAUAGAAGAUGAGGAUAAAUCUGUCGUUGAUCCCGUUGAUGUAGCAGUAGAAGAUGAAGAGGUAGACGUUCUUGCCGUUGAACCGAUCGCAGCUUUCCUAAGCAGUGAUGAAGAAGCAGAGGAUGAAAAAGCUCUACUGUAUCUUCCCAUCUCACCAGAGGUCGAUGAACCUGAGGAGCCUACGUGGGCACCAACAUCAGACCCAACGGAUGAACCUCCGCAGGCAGAAACCCAGAAGAGAGUAGCCCCCAAAGAAUCUUCCCUCCUUUCCCCCAAGAAGAAGAAAGUAAAAGUUGUUGAUAUAGAGCUCCAUGGAGACACCCCAGACGAACUCCAUCCCCUCCUGUCCAACAAGAGCGACGGUAAGACAAAACGAAGAGGUCCGCCUCCCGGAAAGCAAAAAGGAACGAGCGACGGCAGACGAGGAAAAUCAAAACACAGGAGAAUUCACGACGAUUGAAGUAAGAAAAAACUCCUACAACACUUUGACAUCUCUCGGUAAAAAUGGCCUUUCCAUUGGGUUCCCUAAGAUCCCAAAGACCCUGUAUAAUAAAGAUGGCUUUUCCAUCGGGUUCCCAAUGAUUCCCAUAAACCCUGUAUAAUAUAAUUGACUUUUCCAUUGGGUUCCCGAUGGUUCCUAUAGACCCUGUAUAGUAUGACUGACUUUUCCAUUGGGUUCCCCGUUUUUCCUAUAGACCCUGUGUCAUAGACUGACUGUUCCACUUGAUGUUCCUGAUGCUUCCCAUAGACCCUGUAUGACUGAAGUUUCCAUUCUUCCCAUAGACAUUGUAUAAUAUGACUGAAGUUUCCAUUGGGUUCCUUCAUAAACAUUCAACAGUACAUGUGUAUACCAUAAUGCUGAUAUUACUUACAGAGAAAUAGAGACUAGUUUUGAGUUAAAGGCAGUGGACACUAUUGGUAAUUACUCAAAAUAAUUAUAACCAUAAAACCUUACUUGGUAAUGAGUA